CAGACAUUUGUCAUAACAUCACCACCUCUACUACAACCACUGCAUAGUAAAUCUGUUUUUGUCCUCCCAUUCACAGACAAUGAUGGGACUUGAACCGCUCCCCGAUUGGCCAGACUGAGUUGAUUGAGGUCUGACUGACAGUCGGAGACUCUAGCACAUUGUGGUGGGCUGCCCGCACGACAGGAGCCCUCCGACAGCACGCUUUCUCUCUCUCUCUCCUCCUUCGCCCCCCAAGGCAGAUUAACACAAGCUGAUGAUGAGCCUAACAGUGUAAAGGAUACAGGAUACUGCUACAGGCUUCUACUCUCAUGCUGUCUGUGUAGCACCUGACGACGGAGCACAUCGGAGUAGCUUGGAGUACACACUGGAUAUACUUGGUCAGGUGUCUCUUAUUAUUGGACUACCUGGUUUGGUAACGAGGAUUUGUAAUUGCUUCAGGUGAACAAUGGACAGGAGAUGAUAUAGACCUGAUGUAAGAAGGAACAGCUAGGACUUGGAUCGGAUUGUCAUCACACAACAGGAUACUGCUGGAAGAUGCAUUGAGCCGAUAUGUGACCAAUAUCGGGUGUGUACCGUUACCUGCAUGCAUAAUGACCUUGACCUUGUGGGAGUACUGUCGCCAAACAUAGGAUAUGGCCGAGUUACUCGCCACCGUCUUCACCAUCGUUACUCAAGGAGUCCUGCUGUUCUUCAGCCUGAUGCUUAUACCAGAUCUGUGUGUGAUGAGUGCCACACCAAGAGAACCAGCCUUCCUGCCGACCCCUCGCAACAUCACCGUCAUGGUGGGACAACUUGCAAAACUGCCCUGUCGGAUUGAAAACCUGGGAUCUAAAGACGUUGUAUGGCGUCACCAAGGGGCAGACCACUUCUUGACAAUUGGUAAACUGACAUGGGUGAAGGAUCCAAAUGUUAUUUCAGAGCAUCGAAGAAUUUCUUUCCAAGUCAGUGAUUGGAAUUUGUUGAUAAAGAACGCACAGAAAGACCGUACAGGAAUAUAUGAAUGCCAGAUAGCUGCCACGAAAAAAUAUGUACGGGAAGUGUAUCUCAUUGUUGUAGAUCCCCCUGCACAAAAGCCUGAUAUCUUCUUGCAAGGGUCCAAGUACGUACCUGUGGGUGGCGAGAUACGGUUGGUGUGCAACAUCUCAGGUAGGCUGAACGCCCAGAGUAUUGACUGGUUCAAAGAUGGAGACAAGAUCACAGGCGAGAGGUACAGGAACUACAUCAUCACCCGCUUCUGGACUGAGGAGGACCACUCUCUCUUCAGCGAGCUCAUCGUGGAUAACAGUCAGCCACAUGACUCAGGGAUGUUCAUGUGUCGCGGAUCUGAAAACGAAAUGAGCAGUCAUUCUGUCACGGUCAGAGUAGGUGGGUCAUCGAAUGUUAACAAACGAGAGCACGGCCCUGAGAGAGAGCAUGAACAGCUUCAGACACAGCCUCACUACAGUGAGUACGACUCUGGUCACCUUCAGACAGAGGAGACAGGGUCAAGUUCUCCAGGACAAGCUGUUGUCUCUGGUCAGUGGCUGGUCAGUGUGUUGAUCGUGACUGUAGUGCUGCUGCAACACUGGAGGACUUGAACCAGGCAGCAGUUAGCAGAUGUACCAGACCUUGUAGCCUCCAGUAUACAUGUGAGAAGCAGAAGCACAUAUUCAUGGAUCAUUUAUAUCAAACUGAAAAUUGGUUCUAAGACAAUGGCAUCAGGAAGGUGAUAGGAGCUGUAGACUCCACGAGUGUAGGAAACAGCGUUGCUGAGUUGUCAGAAUUGUUCUGUCUGUUAAGCAGAAAUAAGAAUGCUGUCAUUCUGGUCAUGGUGGCCUGAGAAUCAAGAAUAUUUUCCUGAAGACUGACAUAAGAUUUGUCAGCAAGGUUAUUAUGUUCCAUAUGAGAUCCAAAAGUGUGUUUUUUGUGUUGAUGACCAAACGGAACUGCAGCAGCAGCAGCAGCAACAGCAACAUGGUCAAGAGGCUCUGAAUCAUAGUCGUAACUUAUGUGGGCAUCUGGCUUUCUUCAGUGUUUCCUGCAGACUUGCAAUGAGGCAGUCAGUUAACAAUGCUUCACUGAAAGGUUUACUAGUCCUUUUCUUCACCAGGUCCCACUGCAAGAUAAUAAAGUGACUUGUUCUGUACAGUUGGAAAUACUGUGGAAUGUGAAUCAGAAAUACCAGGAUCAAUAUGUUGGAAAAUUGUCACUCAGGAACCAAAAUCCGUUUAGUUUGGUGUUAAUUUCUAAUGCUCUUGCUGAACAAGCUCUGAAAACAAAAGAAUGUAAAAAAUUCAACAGCCGGCCUGACUCAAGAAGGAUGGGAUGCAGUGAUGAGGAAACAAAUCUGUGGAGUCUGAAGCUGAAUAGAAACCCUGUUCUGAUGAAACAUCUGAACAAUUAAAUAUUUGUAAUAAACAGAAGAAAUCCUGUCAAGAAGUGUACACACUGGUUGAUAUGAUAGAGAAUCAAGAAGUUCUUGUUUAGCCAGAUCUGUGGCAUGCAGUGUGUGACAUGGAAACAUGAAACUUUGGGUGAUGUGUUAGAAGUAUUUUGUCAGAUUUCCUACUGAAACUGGACAGUUAUGUCCAGCUACCUGUACAGAGAUAUCAAGUCAAGACAACACCAUUACCACCCGGUUAGUCAUGUGUGACUUAGGAAUAGUUCAUGCGACAACAAUCUCCAUUACUGCUGAUAGACAUCAUCCACUUAAUGUAGUCGUAAUAUCUGUGUUCAUCUUGGCUGAAUCACGACACAAACCUUCCUGAAACUGUGACCAGCAGUGUUGAUAAUCAUGUUACCAAGUGGACCUGGUCAGACAUUGUUGAAACGUAAAGCACCGAUGUUCAUAGAUGGGUGUUGUGACUGUGACAGUCAGCAUUGGGAUGUGUUCCUGCAGAACAACAGAAGGAACACAGAACAUUCUCCAGAACAUUCUCCUGUAGUUUCGUAAUGACAUUGCCAUUCUACAUAACCAGACUGAAGAUAUCCUGUCAAACUUGGAGUCAUCAUUAUCAGACACUUAUUGCUUGAUUAAUGGGGUCUACUGGACACCAGGUGGACGCCAACAUGCAUCCCUGAACUAUUGAGCGUUUCUUGCCCAGCCACUGAUGUAUUGAUGCAGACUGUGUAUGAUAUUAAACAUUUUGUAUAAAUUGUACAGUCACCUACUCACAUGGGACAUUGUCUUCAUGCCUCUAGCCACUCCAAUGCCAUGUGAUAUCCUACCACUGUGUGUGUCUCACAAUCUGCUUGAUUUCUGUGCUUUGGUGACAUCCAGUGCUUGGAGUUUGUUCCUUAUUAUUUGUUGUCCAUUUAAAGGAGCAAAAUUAAUGUCAGAAGUUCAUAGAAUGUGUAGUUUUAUUUACAAGGAAAAACAGAAAUUUAUGUUGUUUUUGCUUUCAGCUGUUACAGAUUAAGAUCUUACUGUGUGUGUUAGGUUAAAUAAGAUUUAUUAGGUAUGUGAUAAUGUGGUGGUCCUCAUAAACGCAAAACAUAGCAUCCCAUUAUGUGUAUGAAACUCGGGCUUCUUUUCUAAUUAAUUAUGCUUGGUCUUUGUUUCUUAAAUAUAAUGUUCCUCAUGAGGAGUAUUUUACAUGAUGAGAUCAGUUGGUAAAUGUACACGGUUAGACACUAAUAUUCUUCAACACGUCAGUAAAUCACAGUUGAUUUUAUGAGAGCUUCAAUUAAAUAUGAACUUCCAGCAAAGCGUUUAAAGCAACAUAUGAUACACUAAGAUAAACAGAAAUAUUUGUUUCUAGGCAAACAAGAACUGAUAUACCUUGUUUGCGGGCUCCGUUUAUGUCUACGUGACUCAACAGUUUUGUGAUGUAACAGCAGGUUAUAUUUACAACGUGAUGAGAUCAGCUGGUAAAUGUACGUGUUAGACACUAAUAUUCUUCAGCAUGUCAGGGAUGACUGUUGAUUUUAUGAGAGCUUCAGUUAGUAUAAACUUCUUGCACAGUGUUUUAAGCAACAACUGAUACACUAAGAUAAACAGAAAUAUUUGUUUCUAGGCAAACGGGAACUGAUAUAUUUCGUUUUUUACGGGUUCAGUUUAUGUUUGUGAUGUAACAGGUGGUAUAUUAUUUGAGCAUCACUCACACCGCACUGCAGGUUCUUUGACCAUAACGGUGAACCACUGGAAAACACUUUAUAAGUACUCCAUGCGUAACUGUAUCAUAACUGUGGUCAUAAUCCUCUACAGUCAUCACUGUGCAUCUUUCACCUUGUAUAUCUUCAUCAACGUGGAACAUCUAGGUUUUCUCUGUUUACACUGCAAGUAUAAAUACACAAAUCUCUGCCUGAGAGGGGGGUGGGGGUGGUCAGGUGCUUUUAGUUAUGUAAACUAACAAGAAGGGGUUAUAUAGGUUUGAAAUGAAAACUAACAUUUUGUUGUGUACAACUGUGCUGCAAUUUUUGUAUUAAAUGAUAAAAAUGGAUUGUUUCAUUUCAUCAAGAGCAGAUCUAGGAACAAAUUAUGAACAUCCAGAAUUUUACAGGUAUAUGAUAAUAACAAUAAUAUUUCAUUUAUAUAGCACCUAGUAUCCAUCUGACUAGUUGAUCACUGGACACUUUAGUAUUUUACAUGUGUCAACUUGUUUGCCUAAAGUUACAAGGUAUGUCAGACAACUGAAGGUAGCAUUUGUUCAAGUAAUUACUUCAGUUUAAGAUUCACUACAUUAAAUAGAUUUAAUUCUCGAGAUCUGUUGAGAUGAUGAAAUGUUCACAUUGUGUUUCCCCUUGCAAGGAGUGAUGGUAUCUUUGUUCACCAGCAGUAUUUCUUUGUAUACCAAUUAUAUUGAUUUGUCAUGUGAACCUGUAUGUAUAGAAAGAAGUCAGAGUCUGAAUAUCGUUUUUAUUUGAACAGAAACCUUGGAGAAUUUUUCUCACGUUUAGCAUAAAAUACAAUAUCAGAAUAUUUGAUGCAUAUAAAUAUGUUAAAUCAGUAAAAGGUUUGUGUUUGGUACAAUAUCUACUUAGAUUUACUCAUUUUUGUUUUCAGAAUUAAAUAUUUUAUUAAUGGGGAUACAUUUGAUGUUUCCCACAGUAUGAUCUUAUGUCAUCUG